ACCAUGCUAUAGAUAUGAUCACAUCUAUGGGCAGAGUGAGUAACAAUAGUGGAAUAGUGGAGCCACUCAAACACACUGUCCUGAAAUCCUAUUAUGUCACUUGAGAUAUAUUGCAUAAAAUAACAUAUCAUAGGCUAAGUAUGGCAGGGUUGAAACAUGGGUUUGAUAGGCAUCUGUAAGCCACCCUAGGACACUCAACUGUUUAUUUCUCUUCAUUUAACAUGAGGUGGUGCCCCUAAAGCCACAAAAUGGUUUUGUUUUUGUCAUUCUUCCAAGACAAUUAUUUGCAUGGUUUUAUGCAAAGAUCUAAUUUCACCAUGAUAAGUCGACUAAUUGCUGUGGCAAGCCUCAACCUGCAGUUUACUUCCGAGCAUGGAUCUUCAGCAGUAAGACCCUGAGAUGAUCAAGUUGCUUUGUAAAUCACCACAUUUAGAGUAAAGUUCUCCAUCCCUUUCAUCCGGCUACUUCCCCCUCAGACUCUCCUUCCCCUCAUUUUCUACGCAGAAUAAUUCUAAAGAAGACAAUAUUGAGCACAUUUUGUUUGUGCUCAGCGGCCCUGAAUAACGCGGUCAUUAUGGCGGUGAAAGCGACAGGUUUGGAGUUUGAUUUCAUGAUGGUAAUAUAGUCCAUGCGUGUAGGAGAAAGAAAGCCCUAAAUGGGGACAUCUGUUCAAUGUGACGUACAGUUAGUGGGGAGAUAGGCGAUCAGAAAGAACAACCUGUGCCCGGCCUCACCAUAUGAACUCAGGCCAACCCACCCUCACUGUGACUGGAAGGUUUAUGGGAGAGAGUCUGUGCGCACAAAUUGCCGACAAAGGGAAUUGUUUUAAUUGUAAAAUCCGGAUGGGUAAAACCACCCUAGUAAACAUGUGAAAGUCAACUGACCAUUUGGAAGUGUCCAAUCUCUCUCUACCAUCAAUGAUGUAGUUGUCCAUCAGUGACAUGUUGAAACAUGUUGCAUGGGGAACUGUGAUCUUGCUGACCUAUCAAAUCAGCCUGCUUGAUAAUACAACCCAGCAAUUUGUCAAUGUGACAUACCAUGGUUUCCACACAUGGGGACUUGUUUAUAAAGAUAACCUCUCCAUCUUUCUCCAUCAUAGAAAAACGCAGCAUCACAUGUUUGCAUCCCUUAUGUUAGCUCUCAUACCUACCUGGGAUAUUUAGGUAAGCACGUGACUGCGCAACCUUGUCAGUUGGCUUGAACACAUGUUGUGAUUAGACCACCGGUGGACGAGCAAGCCUCUCUCUCCUCAGUUAUUCCUAAUUAAACGCAAUUCCCAAAGUACCAUUUAUCUUGCAGGAGACAGGGUCUACUGUUGUACCGCCUGCGGGUGGAGGGGAUGCAGCGCUGCGCUCAGCCUCGAGCACUACAGACAGAAACAUCGAGGGUCAAUCGAUAUCAAUAUGGCGCCGAGUGGAGCACGGAGGAGCCGAGGCUAGGAUCGACUCCUUUAGCCAUGUUGGCUGCGACAUGCAACAAGAUAGGGAGUCCGAGCCCAUCACCAUCCUCCAUUUCGGAUAAUUCUUCAUCUUUUGGGAAAGGCUUCCACCCGUGGAAGCGAGCCACCGCCAGCAGCUGCAGCCUUGGGUCCGGCCUGUCCGGUUUUGGAGUGUCCCGUAACGGAGCUGGUCUAUCGGACUCGUUUGGCACCAACAGCUCGCCCGGAUCCAGUGCCUUCUCCCUAACGUCCGGCAACUCAUCCACGCCGCACUUUGGAAACGACUAUUCUGUAUUUCAGGCCUCCGUUACAAACAGUUCUCAAGAACCCAGCCAUCAGCCCGUCUUCAUUUCCAAGGUUCACUCCUCAGUGGACAGUCUGCAAGGCAUCUACCCGAGAAUGAGCGUUGCACAUCCGUACGAGUCCUGGUUCAAGUCGUCCCAUCAUGGUAUCCCCACAGGAGAGGUUGGCACCACCGGCGCGUCUGCAUGGUGGGAUGUGGGAGCGGGUUGGAUUGAUGUUCAGAACCCGAGUGGAUCAGCUCUACAGUCCUCGUUGCACUCCGGUGGACUCCAGACAUCGUUACACUCUCCUUUAGGGGGCUACAAUUCCGAUUACUCCAGCCUAAGUCACUCAGCUUUCAGUACAAGUCCCUCUCCACACCUUUUGACAACCGGACAACACCUGAUGGACGGUUACAAGCCGGUGUUAUCCUCUUAUCCGGACUCCAGUCCGUCUCCAUUAGGCGGAGCAGGGGGGAAUAUGUUAUCUGGGGGGCCAACGGCCUCUCUAGCGGGGUCUCCCCGGUCCUCCGCACGGCGCUACUCUGGCAGAGCCACCUGCGACUGUCCCAACUGUCAGGAGUCGGAAAGGCUGGGGCCGGCAGGAGCAAGUCUGCGGAGGAAAGGGCUCCAUAGCUGUCACAUUCCGGGCUGUGGAAAGGUUUACGGCAAAACGUCGCACCUCAAGGCGCACUUGAGGUGGCACACCGGAGAGAGACCGUUUGUGUGUAACUGGCUGUUUUGCGGGAAGAGGUUUACGCGCUCUGAUGAGCUCCAGCGACACUUGCGCACGCACACCGGGGAGAAAAGAUUCGCCUGUCCGGUCUGCAACAAGAGGUUUAUGCGGAGCGACCAUCUGAGUAAACACGUAAAGACUCACAGCGCCGGGGGCUCCGCCGGGUCUGGCUCUGGCAGCGGGGGAAAGAGGGGAAGCGACACCGACAGUGAGCACAGUGCACCGGGGAGCCCUCGAUGCCAUUCCCCCGACCUGUUGCAAGCUCCCGAAUCUACCCCGGGAACGGGAAACGAACGGCCUUUCUAAACUCUCUCGACUAAGUAUAAUAUCUGAGAAAAACAUAUGAUCUGAGGGAAAUGGCUAAACUACAGUGGACAUACGUCGAGUAUGCGUAAUUAUGCUAAUGUGUGCAAGUUGAGUUAAUCAAGUGAUUUAGACUACUGAUCAAAUGAUAUCUCCUAGUAGCCUAUUGAUGACGUGGGUGUACAGGUCAAAUACAGUACUGGUAAAGUAAUCCUGAAGGCACACUGGAACACUGGGGCACAAUGUAAACACAUCAGUGUUCUUCUAACGCACAGACUGAUCCAACCGGGGAGGCCUAUACUUUGGUGUAUGUACCCUUUUGAGUGUUUUUACGCAACAUGGUUAUUACAUGGGUAUUACAAUAAGCAAGAAAUAGACAACGUUGUUCUAUCACUUGGUGAUAAUAUGUGUCCUGCAAUAUCGUGUUACUGCUGUGCUGACGUACUUUUAUUCAAAACCAAACUGUGGCACUUUAUUAGCCUGUUGAACACUGAGAUGAUCAGUACGCGUCCUUUUCGACGGCUCCUUUGUAAGGACAAAUCACUGUAGCUAAACAGCGGUGAUUCACGUUUUCUUUAUGUCCUGAUCUACCCUAUCGAACACAUCACCUGUUUAUUAUUAAUAAUGGCGGAAAGUUAUAUCACCUGUUGGUCAAACGCUCCACGGAUACUAUCAGAAAGAGCCUGUCCAAGUUUGUAAUGAAUACUUACAUUUCACGUCACUGCAAGGCUGUAUAUAAUGAGAAAUGUAAUAGCCUAGAAAAUUAUUCCGCACCAAUGUAAAGGUGAGUUAUGUAUUUGUCCAUGAGACGAUUUUGUAUAGUCAUUUCUAGUUGUACAUUUGGCUCUAGUAAAUAUCUGAACAUGUACGGAAGUGUAUUUUGACAUUAUUGUUUUAUUUUGUUUUGUUUGUUUGUCAGGAUAUAAAAAAUGUUAUUGUGGGGAGUUAUAUUUAACCACGAGUUUUACUUGUAUUUCUGAGUCUUUUAAUAGACGCACUUUGAAUUUAUUUGUAAGAAGAUUUCGAAAUCAUUCACUGUUUAUUAUUCUCAUCUUUUAAUUUAAGUAAGCAUGUUGUAAAGUGACGUUAAAUUCACAAGCAUCAUUUCUCAGAGACUGGCUUUCUAAUUUAAGCCACUCAAUAAAGUCGGUAUGGAUUCAGAAUCAA